GACAUAUAAAAAGAUUGAAUAACUGAGAGGAUAAAAAUGCAUUUUACCCGAAAAAGUACAUCUUUCUUGUUCUUGAUCUUCUGGCCCAGUUUUGAUCGGAGGCGCCGGAGGAUAUGGUGGGUAAGAGGCGAGAGAGGCGAGUCGCCGAAGGUUCGGAUCGCCGUCGGGACCGAGUUGAACUGUCAAAUCGAGAAGACCUGACCACACGAUCAGCUAGUUCUAAAUCCAUCCACGAUCACAAUUUCUUCACUAUCUUCGUCGUUAUCUUCUUCACAGUCUCUACUUUGAUUUCCCUAAUUGUAUACCGUACUCGAUACGCUUCACGUACGGACGCUUCUCUCCCACACGUACACCAACCAGGCUUCGUCAAGACUGACAUCAGUUACCUCGAAGUUCUUACUGAAAAUUCGAAGGUCUCAGAGAAUACAUCUCACCGGCAUUUUACGAAUGUUGUACUGGCCUACAUUACUCCAUGGAACUCAAGAGGUUAUGAAAUUGCAAAGAGGUUCAACUCCAAGUUUACACAUUUGUCGCCUGUGUGGUAUGACCUGAAGAGCGAAGGGCCAAAGUUAAUUCUGGAGGGAAGACACAAUGUUGAUAGAGAAUGGAUUUCAGAUCUUAGAAUGAAAGGAGAUGCUCAGGUUUUGCCAAGAGUUGUUCUGGAAGCAUUACCCAGUGAGCUGCUGAAAAAGAAAAAGCAGAGGAAUAAAGCUAUCGAUCUUAUAGUGGCAGAAUGCAAGGAAAUGGAGUAUGAUGGUAUUGUUCUCGAAUCUUGGUCAAGGUGGGCAGGUUAUGGAGUCUUGCAAGAUCCAGCCAUGCGGGAUAUGGCACUUCAGUUCAUAAAGCAACUUGGGCAAGCACUUCAUGCUGUGAGCUUAGAGAGGAGCAGUGGGCAACAACGUUUACAACUAGUGUACGUUAUAGGUCCACCAUAUUCAGAGAAACUUCAAACGCAUGAUUUUGGGCCGGAAGAUCUUAAAAGCUUGAGUGAUGCUGUAGAUGGUUUCUCACUCAUGACCUAUGACUUCUCGGGUCCUCAGCGUCCGGGUCCCAAUGCACCUCUGAAAUGGGUCCGUUCUACUGUGCAGCUGCUCCUUGGUCCCACCAGUAAUGGUGCUCGAAUCCUGGCUCAUAAGAUAUUUGUUGGUCUCAAUUUCUACGGGAACGACUUCAGCCUCUCAGAAGGUUUAGGUGGUGGAGCUAUCAUCGGAAGUGAUUACCUGUCUUUGUUGGAACUGCACCGGCCUUUGUUGCAGUGGGAUGAGAACAGUGCAGAGCAUUUCUUCAUAUACUCUGACGAUAAGCAUGUCAGGCAUGCUGUAUUCUACCCGUCACUGACUUCCAUAGCAAUGCGUCUGGAGGAAGCUCGUUCAUGGGGUGCUGGCAUCUCAAUUUGGGAAAUUGGUCAAGGUUUGGAUUACUUUUGUGAUCUUCUGUAGGUAGAGAUCAAUCGUAUUGUUCAUCCCUAGAAAUUGUUACGUUAAUUUUGGCUAUUUGUUCUCCAUUUUUAUGUAACCGGAACGGAGUUUAUAAAUCAGUUGAGGCUCUUCUCAGUCAA